GAGUGUGAGCAGAAGAGCUUAUUUCUUUUACUUCUUCCAGCUUGUCCUUAAUGUUACAAGAGAAAUUUUUGUUGACAUCUUUUCUGACGACCUCCGUGCCAGCCCAGACCCAUGGAUGAAGCCAAGCCGAAUGAGCCCUUCAUUCUUCAAACGAGCGAGGAACCCACAGAAUUUAAAUGAAGUAAAGGAGCAAUAUCAGAAGACAGGCUGGCAGAAGAUGAAGACAUUUGGCAGGAGAAAACGUGAUCGGGUGGACGAUAUUUUGUCCUAUGAUGAGUUUAUGACAAAGACCCAAGCUGAACCCAGUAAAGAUCUUGAUGUUGGCAGCUCAAGCUCAACCAAACUGCAAAUUCAAACUCUGUACUCCACUGAUACUGAGAAGCUGAUGAUUAAACCGUGCUCUCUGCAGAGCUCAAGCACCUUUAGCGAGGACCAGAGGCCUGACGGGAAG